AUGGCGGUGAAGACCAAGACGCUGUCCAUCCCCAAGACCUUCGAGGAGCUCAAGAGGCGCGGGCAGUGCGCGUUCAUCCCGUUCAUCUGCGCCGGCGACGGUGGCAUCGACACCACCGAGAAGGCGGUCCGCAUCCUCGACGAGGUCGGCAGCGACGUCAUCGAGCUCGGCGUGCCUUACUCUGAUCCCCUCGCCGACGGUCCCACCAUCCAGGCCGCCGCGACCCGCGCGCUCGAAGCGGGCACCACCCUCGACCAGGUCAUCGACCUCGUCGCGCGCGUCACCCCCGACAUCUCCGCCCCCAUCGUCCUCUUCACCUACUACAACCCAAUCUACCAGCGAGGUUUCGAGCCCUUCGUCAAGAAGAUCGCCGCGGCGGGCGCGAAGGGCCUGCUCGUGCCCGACAUUCCCCUCGAGGAGACCGGGGAGCUCAGCGCGGUGUGCAAGGCCAACGGCCUCGACCUCGUCCUCCUGUCCACCCCGACCACCCCGACGGAUCGCAUGGCUAAGAUUGCCGAAAAGUCCAACGGGUUCAUCUACCUCGUCUCGGUCACGGGCGUCACCGGGGUAAGGUCCGGGGUCGAGUCCCGCGUCGAGGGACUCGUCAAGUCCCUCAAGUCCGUCACCGACAAGCCCGUCGCCGUCGGCUUCGGCAUCUCCAAGAGGGAGCAGGCGGCCGAGGUUGUCAAGUGGGGAGCCGACGGCGUCAUCGUCGGAUCCGCGCUGGUCAAGGCGCUCGGAGAGGCGAAAACCCCGGAGGCUGGCCUGGCGGCGCUCAAGGAGCUCGCGGUGGAGCUCAGGGAGGGGAGCAACAGGGAGGGCGCGAAGCCCAAGGGGUCGGGCGGCGGGUUCUUCGCGCGGCUCAUGGGGAAGGCUUGA